AAUUGCUUGAGGCGGAACUGAAUUGGAGGCUAGAACUCAUUAUACAAUUAUUUGUCAUUUAUUCCCAUAUCCAUACUCAUUAUGGCGGCUCCUGUUAAUCUGAAAGAUCUCACUAUUGAUAACAUUACCGAGAAUGUUCACGCCAUCAACUCUCAGUGCAGUAAUCUGCGCCUGAAGUAUAUCCUUGAACGAGUUGUCACACAUUUGCAUGACUUGGCGAGAGAAACAAGACUCACUACAGACGAAUGGAUGACAGCUAUCCAAUUCCUGACACAAGUUGGUCAGAUCUGCACCGAUGUCCGACAGGAGUUUAUUUUACUAUCCGAUGUCCUGGGCCUUUCACUUUUGGUUGACUCAAUUGACCACCCGAAGCCGAAGGGCAGCACUGAAGGCACAGUUUUGGGACCUUUCCAUACACAUGAGGCCGAGCAUGUAAAAGAGGGAAGUCUGAUCUCCCAAGAUACAGAUGGCGAACCUCUUCUUGUUCUAUGUACCCUCAAGGAUGUCAAUGGUUCACCAAUUCCUGGAGCCAAGAUUGACGUCUGGGAGACUGAUUCUAAGGGGUUCUACGAUGUUCAGCACGCUGACCGGACUGGCCCGGAUGGAAGAGCUGUGCUGACGAGUGACGAUAAUGGAGACUUUUGGUUCAAGGCUAUUGUACCUGUGCCAUAUCCUAUUCCUCAUGACGGACCCGUCGGAAAGUUGCUUAAAGUACUUGGCCGACAUUGCUACCGACCCAGUCAUAUGCACUUCAUGUUCAAAAAAGACGGAUACGAUCCUCUGAUCACCGCACUCUACCUCAAGAACGAUCCUUACGAAACUACUGAUGCCGUGUUUGGUGUCAAGGACUCGUUGAUCGUUAACAUCAAGAAGGUUGAAGAUGAAGAAAUGGCGAAGAAUUAUGGUGUCAAAAUCGGUUCCGCCUUGAUGACAUAUGACUUUGUUCUCGUCUCGGAUGAAGCGGCUGCGAAACUUAGGAGGGAGAAGGCUGAGGAGGCAAUGGCGAAAUUGGGACGGAAUUUCAGAUUCAUUGAUGAUCUACCUGUUCCGGAUGUCGAUUAGAGAAUUGUGUAGGCAUAGUGGACAGUUCACCUGAUAGUGGUCGCGAGAUG